UCUCUGUCCGUGUGUUCUGAACGAUUCUAUUUUUGACCGGCGGAGAUCCGCCAUGACCGCGGACAGUGUGCGCAGAACCGGAGCUUCAAUAGCGCUCAAUCUCGAGCAGUGAACCGUCCGUCGGAUAUAAACAUGUCCUGAGAGUUCAUCAGAGAAGAUGACAACCUACUCCGAGAGCCCCCCAAAGACAUCAAAUAUUUACUCCAUUUCCCAUUAAAAGAAUCCCAUAUCCCCAACCUUCUACAUAUUACCUCUUCGAAGGCUGCCACUGACUUCCAACCCCUUAAAAUAAUCUGCCUGCCUAUCAUCACACUGGAUUAUCGGGAGGAUGGCAUGGACCUGGGCAGUGAUCUCUCCAGUCGCUCCAGUUCAGAGUCCAACUCUAACAAGGUGACACCAUGUUCUGAGUACAAGUCUUCUCCCAGUCUGGAGCUGGCCGGACUCGAGGACUACGAGGAAGACGAGGACUACCAGCAAUACAAGAAGAGGGUGCUGGUGGACUGGGAGCGUGAGUACGGUGGAAACUACGCAGAAAACCAGCAGCUGGAGGCCUUCGGCCACACCGGAGCGAUCCUUGAGUCCAUCAACAGCUACAGUCUGGCCGAGGAGUUCCAGAACGUCAAGACGCCUGCUGCUCCACCCGAGGAACUGAAGCAAAACGGGAACUUGAUUGUGCCAUGUGCCGGCGCCCCCUCGCCCGGUGAGGCUCAGACUCUGGGCAGAUCCAGCCAGAGGAGCGCGGUGACAACAGGUGAACAAGUUGAAUCAGGAAGAGGAUACAGAGAAGAAUGUGUGGAGGAGAGCCAGCUUCCUGCCAUGGAUUGGGCGGCUCUGGAGAGGCAUCUGGCAGGUCUGCAGUUCAGAGAACAACAGAAACACAAUCACGGCCUGAACCGCACCAACUCCACCAACGCUCAAAAGAGUGAGCGUGAAUCCAUCCGGCAGAAGUUGGCACUGGGAAGUUUCUUUGACGAUGGGCCGGGCAUCUACACCAGCUGCAGUAAAAGCGGCAAACCCAGUCUGUCCUCACGACUUCAGAGUGGCAUGAAUCUGCAGAUCUGCUUCGUAAACGACAGUGGAAGUGACAAAGACAGCGAUGCAGAUGACAGCAAAACAGAGACCAGCCUUGAUACACCACUGUCACCCAUGAGCAAACAGAGCUCGUCGUACUCAGACAGGGACACGACAGAGGACGACUCAGAGUCUCUGGAGGACAUGGAUUUCCUGAGCCGUCAGAAGAAGCUGCAGGCCGAGGCGAAGCUGGCUCUAGCGAUGGCCAAACCCAUGGCCAAGAUGCAGGUGCAGGUGGAGAAACAGAACCGCAAGAAGUCCCCUGUUGCAGACCUGCUUCCUCACAUGCCGCACAUCAGUGAGUGUUUGAUGAAGAGGAGUUUGAAACACACAGAUCUCAGAGACAUGACCCUCGGACAGCUACAGGUCAUAGUGAAUGACCUGCACUCACAGAUCGAGGGUCUGAAUGAGGAGCUGGUGCAGCUGUUACUGAUGCGAGAUGAACUGCAGAUGGAGCAGGACGCCAUGUUAGUGGACAUCGAAGAUCUGACCAGGCGUGCUCAGAGUCAGCAGAAACACAUGUCCGAGAAGACUUUGUCCUCCAAAUGAAGCCAUCACACCAUCAGUUCACAGGACAGACACAUUCCCUUCUGUCAUAACAGCUGAUGAACGCUCACAUUCAUGGACCACACAAUGUCACAUUUAGCGGGACGUCCCUGGAUUCCUGCACUGUGGUUGGCUAUCGCUUCGUCAUACAUUUAUUUCAAUCUUUUAUUGUUGCCACAUUAAAUUAGAACUGUCAAAACAAAAAAUGGUGGAAAAAUAUCAAGUGAGAAGCUCAAUUCAAAUAAUUACAAAAUAAUAAUAUAAGCAUAAAGUAACUGUUGAGACAUUUCAGUUGGACAGUAUUUAAAGAAGCAAAAGCCUCUUUAUGAUGCGCACAAACUGAAGGUGCUCGAGAGGAAACAUGUCUGCCUUGUUAGUCGACUUGUAGCUUUUGGUAACGUUCUCUCCGAUUGUUUUUCAACAUUUUGUGAAUGUUGAUUCUGACACAAGUGUGUUAAUAUUAUUUUCAUUCUAUUGUAUUCAGAUUCUUUAUUUGAGGGACAAGUGCUUAUGUACAGAUAUGUAUAAAAAAAAAACAAAUAAA